UUACUCCCCUCACCAACCUGGCAGGUCCAGGUGUGUGUGUAGGUUCAGGUGUAUGUGUUGACCAUGAAGGUAGCUGUAAGAGCUCUGCUGCUCCUGUGGUGUGGCCUGGCUGUGCUGGCGGACAACACUGAAGUGGCAGCUACGAAAUCCACAGAAGACACUGACCAUGCUGCUGACAUACACGCGGUGCUGAGGAAGAUGAGUGGCCUGCUUGCGGAGAGCAGAGCAGAGCUUAGGUGUGCCAAGUCUAAACUGGAGGACAUGGAAACUAGGCUGACCGCUAGCGAGGACAGAGCUGAGGGUCUGGAGAACACAGUUGAGGAACUGAGGAGGACACAGGCAGAGAGAGUGUCCUUCUCUGCCUCCCUUCUAGUAUCUGCUCACGGACAUACUGGACCAAUAAAUCCACCACCAAUCCUGGUCUACAAACACGUCAUCACUAACAUUGGCAACCGCUACAACCCAAACACAGGCAUAUUCACAGCACCAGUCAAAGGGGUCUACAACUUCCUUGCAUUUGUUCAUGGGGGUGGUGCCGGACAUGGCACUGGGGUAGUUCUACAUAAAAACGGAGACCCCAUCGUCAGCGCAUAUGCUCAUCAGAGAUCUCUCAGUGUUAAUUCGUCCAAUGGAGUGUCCCUGCUGCUGGAGGUGGGAGAUGUGGUCUACGUGAAGCUGUUCCGUAGCGCGUGGGCAUUCGACAGCUCAGAUCACCACACCACUUUCUCUGGCUACCUGCUCUUCCCAUACCAAGGCUCAGAGCCAGUCCUGAAGGGAUAACAAUACCGGUGUUUCUAAAUAGGCCUACCCAUAUUCAGAGUUGGGAGUAACUACUUACAAAAGUAAUUAAUUACUGUAAUACAUACUUUUUUGA